AUGUCCUCGAUGAUUGAAACAAAAAGUGCUAGUGUCAUCAGUGAGAUAAAUAUGAAUCGGUUGUGCCGCGAUAUGAAGGAUGUUUCACUGGAAGGACCAACAAGAAUUGGAUAUUACUCGAGCUAUAAGAAUGAUGAAAAAGAAAGUGUUUUUUUACCAGACAAAUCAUCUCUAGCAUAUUUGGAUUUACCUAAUCCAGUCUACAUCGACUGCCUUCAAGGAUACGACAAGAAAGCCAAGUACGGUCAUAUCCUUCGUGGAGAGAUGCUCAUGUUGCGAUGGGUUUUGAACAAUAAAGCAACCAUGCAAAAGUUUCCUUCGGAUUUCAUCUGCUACAAUGGUCUUUUGAGAGACUUGAUGAAUGUAAAGUAUACUGAUGCCGAUUGGAACAUUUCUGCUACUAAAAUCGAAGGAAAAAUUAUUCUCAAUAGGAAAGCAACGAUUGAGGCAAAAGAAAGGGUUGAAACUCAAUGUAAAAGAGCUAAUCAAUCAUCCUAUGUAGCUGACAAUUUACCACGUUUGAUUACUAAGAAUAUUAAUCAUUCUCAGUGUUCUUCGAGAAGAUUGAAGGAUUCAUUUCACGGCGUUUUUCAUACAAAAGUUGGUUCUCAUCGUAUUUUGCAUGCAGGAUAUUUGGAUUGUGUUGAAAGUGAACAAGAAUUGACUAAACCUUUCGAUGAGAUGAAGUUUGUUUCGAUCAAAAAGUUCAAUGCUUCGAGACAAUCACAUUCAACAUUUCAAGCAUACAAUUGGUGGUCAUUGGCUAAACUUGCUGCAGUUGAUACGAUUGUUCGCGUUAAAUGUGAUUGGGAUUUUAUGGUUAAAAAAAUCGAUAUAUAA